AGUUUCAGAGGAUCGAAAGCAAGUGAGGGAUCCCGUGAAAUCAAAAAGGAGCGUGAGGACGAGGAUAAGUCCAAACAACGUGAUUCCUCAGCAAAGAGCUAUGGACUCGAAAAAACAGCGCUAAAUAGUGGGUUUUCGAAAUGGAUCCGAAAAUUUCAGGUAAAUCUCGGAGUUAGUGGAAAAUUGGCUGAAGACACUAAUAUGUAUCGCGGUGUGCUUAUCAAAUAUAAUGAGCCUCCGGAAGCCAAGAAACCGACGCUCAGAUGGCGUCUAUAUCCAUUCAAGGGCGAGGAGGCCUUACCUGUCCUCCAUAUCCAUAGACAAUCGGCAUACUUAAUUGGCAGAGAUCGAAAAAUUGCCGACUUGCCUAUCGACCAUCCAAGUUGCAGUAAACAGCAUGCCGUUCUACAAUACAGAUCAGUUCCCUUUGAACGCAGUGACGGAACGAAAGGACGCCGUGUGUUGCCGUAUAUAAUCGACCUGGGUAGCUCGAAUGGCACACUCCUCAAUGGAAACAAGAUUGAGCCACAGCGAUACGUAGAGUUGAAGGAGAAAGACGUGCUCAAAUUUGGGUUUUCAAGUCGAGAAUUUGUUGUAUUGAAUGAGAAGUCAGCUGGAGAUGGCGGUGCAUCCGAUCAAGAACCUGCUGGAUCUCCCGGUUCGGAUUAG